AUGAUAAUCAAAUCACUAAAAUGUGGGCUCAACUCUAUUGGUAGAGCGUCACAUUCUUUCAGACCACAAAGAGCUUUCCUCAGUCAAAAUCGGAUCUUUUAUCAAUCAAAAAAAUCGUCUCUCGAGCAUAUUAAUUUCUCAACGAGGGCAAACUUUAAUAGUUAUUUCAUAGGUGCAGCUCUGUUUGCUACUGGAGGCUUUGUUUCUUAUGGAAUUUUCCAAGGUUUUGAUAGAAAGGUGAAAAAUGACAAGUCCAUAACCAAAUUGAACACCCUUGAUCCAAUUAAAUAUGGUAGUUUGUCAGAUUUAAAGAAAGCAUUUCAAGAGAUCGAGCAGUAUUUGGGCCCAGAAUUCGUCACACGAGCUGAUUCAGAAAUUGAAAAUCACACAGACUCUUAUUAUCAAACACAUCAUCCGCUCCCUGGCCAACGCCCCAAACUCAUUGUUUAUCCAAAAGAUACAGAACAAGUAUCUGGUGUUUUAAAAAUAUCCCAUAAGUAUAAAGUCCCAAUUGUUCCAUUUUCAGGUGGGACAUCUUUGGAAGGUCAAUUCAUUGCAUCAAGAAGUGGGAUCACCAUUGAUUUAAAUAGGCUAGAUAAAGUCCUGGAGUUGAAUGAAGAUGAUUUAGACGUUGUUGUACAGCCUUCAGUUCCAUGGCAAGAUUUGAAUGAGUAUCUUUCUCCUUAUGGAUUGAUGUUUGGCCCUGAUCCUGGUCCAGGUGCACAGAUUGGUGGUAUGAUUGGUACUUCUUGUUCCGGUACUAACGCUGCCAGAUAUGGGACCAUGAAAGAUAAUGUUCUUGGUCUAACAGUGGUUUUAGCAGAUGGGACUAUUGUCAAAACCAAAAAGAGACCAAGAAAAUCUAGUGCUGGAUAUAAUUUAACUGGUCUUUUUGUUGGUAGCGAAGGAACCUUGGGUAUUGUCACAGAGGCCACGCUCAAACUUCACGUCAAACCAGAAGAGGAAACAGUAGCUGUCAUUAAUUUCGACACUAUAAAGGACGCAACAAAUUCAGUUUCUUCCAUUGUUCGCAAAGGUAUUCAGGUUAAUGCUGUUGAAUUUUUAGACUCCAAUAUGAUGAAAUGUAUCAAUGAUGUGGGUUCCACUUCAAAGACAUGGCUUGAAAAACCGACUCUAAUGAUUAAAAUUGGUGGAUCAAAAAGUAUUAUUAAAGAACUAGUUGGUACUAUUAAAGAAAUUACAACUCAAAAUAAUUCUACUAGGUUUCAGUUUGCAAAUGACGAAGAAGAAAAGGCAGAAUUAUGGUCUGCUAGAAGAUUUGCACUUUGGUCUACCAUAGAUUGGGGGAAAACUCAUAUAGAUCCAAAUAUUAAGGUUUACAUAACAGAUGUUGCAGUUCCUAUAUCAAAGCUUUCGAAAGUUAUUACAGAAACUCAAGAUGAUAUUCUAGCAAAUGGUUUUAAUUCCACCACUAUUGGUCACGUUGGUGAUGGUAAUUUUCAUGCCUUAGUGUUAUAUAAAGAUGAAGAGAGUGAUAAGGUCAAAAAACUGGUCGGUAGAAUGGUGGAUAGAGCUAUAAAUAAUGACGGUACAUGUACUGGUGAACAUGGUGUUGGUGUCGGUAAGAGAGAAUACCUGCUAAAAGAAGUUGGCGAGGAUGCCGUUGACACAAUGAGACAUAUCAAGCUCGCUUUGGACCCUUUACGUUUGUUGAAUCCUGAUAAAAUUUUUAAAAUAGAUCCUUCUGAUACAAAUGAGCAUUAA